CCACUGACGUAAUCCGGUAACUUGAAACUCUUGGAAAAAUGUUGCAACCUCAGUUCCGCUUUCCACAAUAACGAAAAAUAUGGCUCUUGUGAAAGUACUGAUGUUUGUUGCAUUCUUCUCCGUGUUUUACGCAGAAACUAACGGUUGCUUUACAGACAGUGACUGUGAUGGAUCACUAGUGUGUUGCAGUUACAAUUGCUUUGACAGUUGUGUCAACCAAUCGUGUAUUCUUAACUCAAACUGCGGCGGAGACUCAGACAUCUAUUGUUGUAAUGACAUAUGUCGUCGAGAAAGCUGUGUAGGAUACGAUUGUGGUUCGGAUAUAGAUUGUGGUGGUCCCAAUGAAUACUGCUGUUACGGUACCUGUCAGAUAGGAACAUGUUUAGCUGCUUGGGCUAUCGCGUUCAUUGUGAUAGGUGCUCUUUGUUUUGCUGCAAUAAUUAUUGGUAUUGCGUUGUGUUACUGCUGUUCAUAUCGUCACAGAUCUCCUGGCCUGAUUGUCGCUGCUCCAAGAACGGCCGUGGUUGCUGGUUCUAAUGUUAACUAUGGUUCUGUUUACCCUCAAGCAAGUGCCCCACCCCCACCGUACUAUUACCAACCAACACAGACACAGAAGUAAAACGAAAUACUUUUUACUUUCAACUUUUGGCAUUGCACAUUAUACUGAUUACCAAUAUUCAACAAACACCAUGGCCAUGCAUGUAUUAAACAGUUGUAUCAAGAAUAAAGCAAAUUUCUGCGCUUGUUUGAAGAAUAUUUUAUAAUGUAUUUUAUAAGUUAGCCUGUACAGAUUGUAUUAUGCUGCAAUGAAUCUACCCAGGCUAAUGAUAAGUAGAAAAUGAACUUUCACAUGAUAAAAGCGUGCGAAUAUCAAUAGUCAACUUCCGGCAGUUGAUGAAAUUGGAACACUGUUCUGGAACGAUAUAAAAUGGAGUGCGCACGGUGUUCUGGAACAGUGUUGAGUUAAUUCUAUAUGCGUGCAACCAUGCAUUACUAUAUUCACUAGUUAUUCGCAUAAUAAAUCGUAUAAUGACUUGUAUAUCUAAGUAUGCUUUUGCAACGUUUUUACUCGUUGAUUUUGCCCAACCAUAGGCCAUACCGUUCAAUAGCAUAUAAUAAGUAUAUAUCGAUAUAUAGCGGUUAAACAUUCAAAAUAACACUCUAUGCAGUGUGCACACAAAAUCUGUCGCCUUCCAAUUGACCAUUUGCGUAAUAGACUAAAUUCUGAUCUAAACAAGUCUAGAAUUUAUUUCAUCACAGCUUGAAAGCAAAGUUUCGUUGCGAAAUGUUGUAAAAUGCGGAUAAUAUAGCCUUGCGAAGUUUACAAUUUUCAGUCAUUUUAGAUUACAAACGGGAAAUUGACAGCCCCGUUCAAGUCUCCGGUCAAGGGUAUAUUGACAACAAUAUUGCCUAUUGGGCUGUCAAUUUCCCGUUUGUAAUCUAAAAUGACUGAAAAUUGCAAACUUCACAAGGCUAUAUAUAUUAUCUGCAUUUUACAACAUUUCGCAACGAAACUUCGAAAUAUUACUAAUUUUGUGAUGCUCUUUCAAGCUGUGAUGAAAUUGUUGCCCAGGCAUAUCUAGAUCAAAAUUUUGUGAUGCUCUUUCAAGCUUUGUGAUGAAAUUUUUGUCUAGAUCAAAAUUUAGUCUAUUACGCAAGUGGUCAACUGACGUGAAAAUGGGCAGUGUCACGUGUCUGUUCUGGCCGCCCCUACUUGAAAAUCGGGGUAGCUACUAGCUAGUCAAAACAGAUCAGAACACUCAUGUGACUGAUUAGCGAGCUUAAGCAUGCAGGACGGCAACGCGGCAACAAUGGCCAAAACAAAUUCCUUCAAAUAAAUGAUAGUAAAGAAAACUUGUCGUAUAUUAUAAUUCGUAUGAAUUUAAUACAGUAUAAGAAGUUGAAAACAUUGGCUUUAUGUUUGGGAAGAGUUCUACUGAACCGAAUUUUAAGUUGCACUUGUUACGGCUUCAAAUGCAGGCGUUGUAUAAAAGACGUGAAAAUCUGUGAUUUGCCGUUGUAAACAGAACGAUAACUACGUCUGAAACUCCCCCGGGGCUUUAAUUAUUUAUUUCUUUUCAUUGACUCAUUGUAUUGGUUGCCGUCGUCGUCGUGUUGCCGUCCUGCAUGCUUAAGCUCCCUACUGUCUUCUGUUCCAUUCCAUUCCAUUAGUGCUCCGAAAAUUCGGAGUACUCCGAACAGUAAAUGGAGCAGCUUGCUGCAUAUGAUCUAGUGAAGGAUUAGAGUAAAACGGAAUGGAGUAAUGCGGACGGACGGAUGAGAGGGUAAAAUGCAGAUAUGAAGGUUUAUUUUGUCACCCUGCUCGGUUUCCUUUGUUCUUAUCGUCUAGCUACGGCACUGCUAUUUUUAAAAAUGACAUAGUGCCAUUAUUUCUGAAAAAAUUAACCCAUGCCCCUGACGAGUAAAAUCAUCUGGUAUUUAGACAGAGUAAAAAAAUCAAGUAGGGUACAUUGGCCAAGUUGAACAUCUUGCCAGGAUCUUGUAAGAACUUACAGGAUUUGGUAAGAUCUUGUGAAAUCAUGCUAAGAUCUUGUCAAGGAAUUAUCUUGGCAAGAUCUUGCUAUGAUCGUGGCAAGAAUUUCUUAUUUUCUUGCCAAGAUCUUGAUACAUUUUAAAAACAAAUUUAAAGUACA